AUGGAGAAAGACGAGAUCGGACCCGCCAAAGAUAAGCUUCCUCCGUCUCCGGACGCGACACCCGUGCAUGGGGAUGCGGUAGCGACCAAGGCGGGUCUUGGCCGGCGCAUCAUUGACAGCUUCAAGAGAGAUCCCAACGCCCAUGUCUCCGUGAGCUCUUCAGGGGACGGAAAGUCCUUUGAUAUCGAACAUGCGGCGCAGAAGACGGCUGCGUCUCCCUUGCAGCGCAAGUUGAAGGGUCGUCAUCUGCAGAUGAUUGCCAUCGGUGGUUCUAUUGGUACCGGUUUGUUUGUCGGAUCCGGCAAGGUCUUGGCCACCGGUGGUCCGGCCUCCCUGUUGAUCGCCUAUAUCUUGAUCGGUUGCAUGUUGUACUGUACCGUCCAUGCCCUGGGUGAGAUGGCCGUUCUCUUCCCCGUGGCGGGCUCGUUCGCGCACUACUCCACUCGCUUCAUUGACCCGGCAUGGGGCUUCGCCAUGGGCUGGAAUUAUGCCCUUCAAUGGCUCGUCGUGUUGCCGCUGGAGAUCGUCGCAGCAUCCAUCACGGUCGACUUUUGGGAAUCCGACAUAUCCAAUGCAGCGUGGGUAGCCAUCUUCUGGACGAUGAUCGUGUCCAUCAACCUGUUCGGCGUCCGAGGGUACGGAGAGGCGGAGUUCGUCUUUUCUCUCAUCAAGGUCGUGGCGGUGAUUGGAUUCAUUAUCUUGGGCAUCAUCCUGAACUGUGGAGGCGGUCCUAAGGGCGGCUACAUUGGCGGCAAGUACUGGCACGACCCUGGCGCCUUCAACAACGGAUUCAAGGGCCUCUGCAGUGUCUUCGUCAAUGCCGCCUUUGCUUUUGCGGGGACGGAGCUGGUCGGCCUGGCUGCGGCCGAGACGGCGAAUCCGCGCAAGUCCCUUCCCGGAGCGACCAAGCAAGUGUUCUGGCGGAUCUCGCUCUUCUACGUGGUGUCGCUCACCUUGGUGGGCCUGCUGGUCCCGUCCAACGACGAGCGUUUGAUGAAUGGCUCGUCGAGCGCGGAUGCCAAAGCCUCCCCCUUCGUCAUUGCCAUCCAGAAUGCGGGGAUCCAGGCCCUCCCAUCCAUCAUGAACGUGGUCAUCAUGAUCGCCGUCCUGUCCGUCGGAAACGCAUCCGUCUACGGCUCGUCCCGAACCCUGGCGGCCCUGGCCGAACAGCGACAGGCCCCCCAGUUCCUGGCCUACAUCGAUCGCCAGGGUCGCCCGCUCUGGGCCAUCUGCGUCUCCUCCGCCCUGGGCCUGCUGGGUUUCUUGUCUGCCUCCAGCAAGCAGGAGGUCGCCUUUGAGUGGAUGAUGGCCAUCUCGGGCUUGUCGUCCGUCCUCACGUGGGGCUCGGUCUGCCUGGCCCACAUCCGCUUCCGCCGCGCCUGGAAGGUCCAAGGCCACAGCCUCAAGGAACUGGCCUUCACCUCGCAGCCGGGGCUCGUCGGCUCCUGGAUCGGGUUCGGGUUCAACUGCCUCGUCCUGAUCGCCCAGUUCUGGGUGGGCUUCGCCCCCGUGGGCUAUGCCGAAAAGACUCCGAUGGAAUUGGCAUACAACUUCUUCGCCGUCUACCUAGCGGCACCGGUGGUCCUGGCCUUCUAUAUCCCCUACAAGCUCUGGUACAAGACCCCGUUCCUCCGCGCCCGGGACAUGGACCUGCAGACCGGCCGUCGUGAUCUGGACAUUCAGUACCUGAUUGACCAAGAACGGGCGGAGCAGGCCAGCUGGCCGGCGUGGAAGAAAUUCUACAAGCUCUUCUGCUAG